AACAUCAUGCAUGUUUGUUAAAUGUGCUGUGCCUACGUGGCGAACAAAGAAAGCUUGUUACUAGUACCGGUCGGAAUGCAAUAACCUUGUAUUACGGCACGCCUGCUCACCGUGCAGGCUCCAACAAUGGCGAUACUGGACAGGCGAAAUCCAGCUACCGGUACUAUAGCCUGCAGCUUGGGGAUCCGGAGUGGGUAGGAUGGAACCAACUCUCACAAAAACAAAAGCACGAACUCAAAAUCAACCACACAUAAUCCAACACAAUGCAAGCUCUAUCCAAUGUUCGCACCCUUGUCACAGGAGGAACCGGCUUUGUUGGUCUUCGCACUGUCUCCAAACUGCUGUCCGACACCCCUACCAAGCAGAUUGGAUUGGCCAUUCGUGCCGAUUCUCAAAAGGCAGCAAAAGCACGCUUGAUGAAAUUGACUCUCCAACAUCCCGGGCUUGGAAUCCAGGACCACCUUGAUCGCAUCGAAAUCAUUCCGUACAAUGGAGCCAAUAUCCCCACCAGAGAGUAUGAUGCACUCCUGAACCUGGCAUCCGACACAGCCUGGACAAAACCUUUGGACGAAAUGCUUCAAGCCAACUGUGCACCUCUUGAAGAGGCAAUCACAGGAAAGACAGUACCAAAGCAUGUAGUUCAUUGUUCAACUGCCUAUGCUCGGCCUUUGGAAUUCGUGUCAGAGGAUACAAUCGCAAAAGAGGAGUCUUUUCCAGAGGGAAGCUCCUUCUUCUCCCCGUAUGCCCAGUCCAAGUAUCAAUGCGAACGUAUGAUCGAGUCCAAUGCCGGAGCCACCGAUACGUGCUAUUCGAUUGUUCGCCCGUCUACCGUUGGUGCCAGCGUCGGGGUGGAUUCCAUGCCUCGUGGUUGGACUACGGACAUGAAAGGCUUGGCGGGAGCAAUGUAUCUUGCAAGCCAAGGCAUGACAAGGGCUCCAGUUGAGCCAAAAUUUGACUCCAAUGUACUACCUGUUGACCACGUUGCCAACACGCUCAUUGCAUCAUUGCUGGAAAAUGUGGUUCGAAAUAGCCCCACACUGGAAUACAUUCAUGCUGCUCCUGGAGACGAAGUAGGCUUAAGCUGGGGUGAUGCUUUCAAGAGGAUCAAUCCAAGUCUGCCUCUAGUAGAAGACGCAGAACCAACCGCACCCUUUUUCCCCGGAAAUGCAAAACUGGAUGCUGCUGGCAAGAUCUUGUACACGGUUGCUGGAAGACCCUUUCGAUUUCAAGCUACCAAACAAGAUACGCUACUAAAACCACUCCUCACAGAUGCGGAACAGAAGACGUUCUGCAUGAAAUGGGGUCCAGAAGACAAUCUUAGCACCUAUUUCCAAGACGCUACAACCGAGGUUCAAAAGAAGCUUGCCGAGAGAGCUGCAGCCAAGAAGCAGAGCAAGAAGGAGUCAGUGAGAGUGGCAGUAAGCUGUAAGCGAACCAAAGCUCAAGUUUCAACGAGCCUGAGUCAAUGAGGACACUUGAGCCUUGUAUUCAAGAGUACAUGUAUGUGAUAGAGUAUUCUUCAUGCUUGCCCGCCAAGGGAUUGAUCAUUCGUAUGUGGGAAAGGUAGUCCCAUCGCAGGUGCGAGACAAGUAGAAGUAAAAGAGUAGAGCUAUAAGAAGAUAGAUCAAACAACGAGAACAGAACUUUGGCAGACGUACUUCAGCUACAGAGAUCGAACCAACAAACCAACCUAGCUACAGAAGCAGAAUGAAACUUAAGCAAUAGCGCUAGCACACGAAGGGAAGAAGGAAAUGUUUCCUUCCUAUGUACAUUUAUGAAUGAUAAGAACUGAAAGAUUCGAAGUCGAGUAGAACCAAGCUGCUGGUUGGUGACGCCCUCACUUCAGCCACUCGUUUUGUCUUCCAGGGAGUCACGAUAUCCACUGGUCCUAUCAGAAUCAUUGCUCGACCGCCUCGUUGACUUGGGAUCAGCAUUGACAGAGUCCAGGGAAGCAGCAAGCAUGACGCGCUUUGUCCGCCUUAGAUCGUUUGCUUUCAUCACUAGUUUUCAUGGCUUUUUUGUUCACUGCCAUCAUCUUGGAGAGCUGCCAGUCGACCCAUUUUUUGAAAUAAAAGUUGUCAGCUGUGCGUGCGUGGAUGCUGUUGUUGCUCUUUGUUUUUGCAGCUUGGAUGGGAAUUGUGAGCCCAAGAUAGACAGCUAGCUACUAGCCAUGUGCCGGUAUUCCAGGAGGGACAGUCGACACGUCAAGAUCCCCCCUCUUCUAAAUGGAUCAAUCGAGAAAGAUGGGUUUCACCGAAAGUUGACAUGUCCAAUGAAACUUCCCAGACCAUCCGCCGCCAGCCACAGUCUAAAAUGUAUCUCCUUGGCAUCCUCGGUCAAUUGGGGUCGUCAAAGUUGCUGAAACCAAGUGAAACUGGUUUUGGAGGCUAAGCUAUGUAUAGCUAGCAAGGUGUCGGGAGUGGUUAUUAGGGCUCAGAAAGUACCAACACCUACAUGUACAUCACGGU